AAAUUUUUUUAAAGAGUUUUUAUGAGAAAUCGCGUAUUCAUUAUUUAUUGCCAAUACUUGUUUUAGUUAUUUAUUCAUUUCUUGGAGGCGCUAUAUUUUACACAAUUGAAAGUCCGGCUGAACAAAAUGUUUUGAUUAAGAAAAAAGAGUAUGUAGAAAGGGAAGGUAAUCAAAAAUAAAUAUUAAUUUAAAAAUAUUUAUUUUUAAAAGAAAAACAUAUAAUCUCAGAAGUUUUGGCAAUUGAUAGAAAAUUAAAAGAAAUGAGAAAUAAUUACAAUUUAAGUACACAAAAUAAAAGUGAAAUAUUAGAGACAUUUGCAAGUAUAACUACUUUAAAUAAAGAAAUAUUUAAAUAUCGGCGUUUGGCAAUGAAUAGAAUACAUAAAGUUAUUUAUUGGUAUGUACUUCAAAGUUAUUACCUUAAUGAUCAAGAGACAUAUAAAUCAUCUCUUUUAAAUCCAAGCAGCCCUGAACGUUUAUGGAAAACACAUUUCCAAUCAGGUUCUGGUGAACUUGGUAUUGGCCGUAUUUUGGCUCUUCGAAAUUAUACACAACAAUUAGCCGAACGUUGUUGGGAACUUGGUUAUGGAGCACAUAAAGCAGAAUAUUUAAAUAAAGCUUUACGUGUUAGUAUUGAUGAAUUUAAUAAAUUUGUUGGUUUACAACAUACACUUACACCUUCCUGGACAUUUUGGAAUUCAAUGUUUUUAGCUGUAACAACUUAUUCAACAAUUGGUUAUGGAAAUAUUGUGCCAAAAACUCGACUCGGAAAAUUUUUUGCAAUGAUUUAUGCAGUUAUAGGAAUUCCAAUGACUUUUAUGAUUUUACACAAACUUGGCCGUUUCUUUCUUCUUUGUUUAGAAUGUUUUUGGCAUAAACUUAUUUGGUUAAUGGAAUUUAUUAGUUGUGUUAAAGAUGCUGAAAAAUUAAAAGGAAAAGUGCAAGGUUCUGGUGGUAUGCCUGUACUUUUAGCUAUUGGAGUUGCCUUUUCUUGGAUGUUUUUAUGUGCUGCUAUUUUUCUUCAAUUUGAGCAAGAUUGGGAUUAUUUUAAAAGUUUUUAUUUCUUUUUUUGUUCACUCACAACUAUUGGAUACGGUGAUGUUACCCCAACAAAUUCUGAGGAUAUGUUUAUAAUGUUUGGAUUUAUAAUUGUUGGCCUUUCACUUGUUUGUUGA